AUGGGUGCGGCCUACCACGAGUACCACUCUGACAGAGACCAAGAGGACAGCCAUGUUUUCAGCCAGACCAGAGAUCCAGCCGUAAAAGACAAGAGGCGGUCGCCCCCCUCUAACAGAUCCCCCUCCGCCCCACAACGCAACCCUCACCACAGCGGCUCCACAGACGAACAGGAGAGCCCCGAGAGAGUGGUGCAGAAGGAGAAGCUUCAUGCAGAGCUGAAGCAGGUGUUGAGUCAAAAGAGAAGUCAUCUGAGAGAGUCGACCUGCCAACUGGCCCAACCAGAGAUGGACUCAGAGCCCACAGACGAAAGUGUGGAUGAAGCCACUCAGUCAGUGGAAAUCGUGGUGGAGACAGAGGCGGAGGCUGGAGCCAGCGGCUACAGUGUGACCGGUGGAGGACAGCGAGGGAUCUUUGUUAAAGACGUUCUGAAAGACUCACCAGCCGCUAAACAUCUCAGUCUACAGGAAGGUGACCAGCUGCUGAGUGCCAAGGUCUAUUUCGACAACGUGAAGUAUGAAGACGCUCUUAAGAUCCUUCAGUGUGCGGAGCCAUAUAAGGUCAGCUUCCAGCUGAAGAGGACCAUCCUUGGAGCAGAGGUCACCGUGCGGCCUCGAGUUCCCAGCAUGGAGGUCAAAGGUCCCAAAGCCAAGAUGGCCAAAAUGAGUGUGAAGGGAUCCAAGCCGUUCAAGGUCAAGAAAAAGAGAGGUGGUCGUUUUGGUCUGAAGAGGCUGAAAGAGAAUCGCAGAGAAGAGCUGGUGAUUGAGGGAACGCCCCCCAGACUGGAGAUGAGUGACGUGGAUGUGGAGUUUUCUCUCCCCAAAUUCAAACAGAGGAGGAGCGCGAAGGUCGAAGCAGGAGGAGCAACAGCUGCAGCAAAGGCAAAGAGGAGGAUCAGAUUUCCUCGUAUGAAAACAAAGGGCUAUGCUGGAGCAGAGACAGGAGGAAAAGUGGACACAGGACGAUUUGAGGGACAAGUGAACGUCUCUCCAUCUGAGAUAACUGAAGCUAAACUGAAAACCAAAGGAAAAGGACACAAGUUUGGAAUCACCUUUCCUAAGAGCAAGCACACAAAGUCAGGCUCAGCUUUGGGAAUGGGAUCUGUGGAGCUAAAGCCCCCAGGUGUGAACAUCCAGCCACCAUCAGUGGAGUUCAGUUUGCCUGGCAAUAAAGAUGUGGAUGUGGAGAAGGAAGGGUUUAAGAUUAACGCGCCUGAUGUGGAGUUUGCACUCCCUUCAGGAAAAGCUGAGGCGUCUCUGCCUGCUGUGAAGGGAAAGGCAGAAAUCAAAGCUCCUAAAAUUGACAUCAAAGGAGGAGUUGAUGCAGAGGCAGCUGUAGGAAAAGUUGAUGUAGAUGUAGGCAAGGGAGAUGCAAAGCAAAGAAUGCCAAAGUUUAAACUGCCCAAAGUUAGACUCCCACAUCUUUCAGAUGAGAUAGAUGGUGAUAUCAAGGUAAAAGCCAAAGGGAUAAAAGUGCCUCACACUGAUAUAAUACCUCCAAAAGUAGAAAUCAAAGGAGAUGGUGAGAUUGGUCUCCCCGAAGCAAAUAUCACCAAACCAAUGAUGGAAGGUGAUCUAUCGGGAAAAGCCGCAUCUAUUCAAAUGCCUUCUAUUGAUAUUUCUUUACCAAAUGUGAAGGGAAAGACUGACAAUGACGUCUCACUUCCAGAGUACGGAGGAGCUGGGAAGACAGCAAUCAAAAUCCCUGCUAUUGACAUCUCUGUGCCUGAUGUAGAUGUGGAACUGGACGCCAGUCACAGAAUUCCUGACGAGGUGGAGGGCACCUUCAAAGGCCCCAAAAUCUCCAUGCCAAAGAUUGAUAUGUCGUUACAAAAGACGGGAUCUUCCAAUAUGGAUAUUGAAGGUCCAGAAGGUGGAGGAAAAUUUAGUCUACCCUCUGUUGACAUCUCUCUCCCAAAUGUGAAAACAAAGGGUGAAGAUGUGGACAUGGAGUAUUAUGUUGGUGGAGAUGGGAAGUUCAAAAUGCCUGAUUUUGACAUCUCUUUCCCAAAAAUGAAGUCACCAGAAGGAGAGGUAAAUAUGAAAGGACAAGAGGUGGAGGAUCAUUUCAAGUUACCCAAAGUAGACCUGACCCUUCCCAAAGGCAAAGCAGGAACGACAGAUAUUGAAGGAGGAGGAAAAUUUCAGUUACCAUCAUUUGACAUCUCCCUCCCUAAAAUGAAGACAGGUGAGCUGGAAGUCAACCUCGAAGGCCCUGAAGUGAAAGGUGGUAAAUUUGAAAUGCCCACACUUGACAUUUCUCUGCCCAGAAGCAAAAUAGAAGGAGACACAGAAGUAGAAGGGAAUUAUGGGAAGGGAGGACAAUUCAAGAUGCCUACCUUUGACAUCUCACUCCCAAAGAUGAAAACCAAGGAGGCAGAGGUUGAUAUUAAAGGACCUGAAGUCAAAGGAGGAGCAAAGAUCAACAUGCCGUCACUCGACAUCUCUCUUCCUGCAGUGAAAUCACCAGAGGGGGAGGUAAAGCUCAAAGGUCCUGAAGCCAAAGGAGGAAAGUUCCAGAUGCCUUCUUUUGAUAUGUCACUUGCAAAGAUAAAAUCACAGGGAGGUGACAUCGAUAUUGAAGGUCCUGAGUUUAAGGUUAACACACCAGAGGCAAAUUUAAACCUAAAGAGAAGUGAGAUUAAGGGAGGGAAAAUAAACACGCCUACAGCUGAUAUCUCUUUUCCAAAAGGAAAAGUAGAGGGUGAAAUAGAUAUUGAAGGAUCCACAGGAAAAGAAGGCAAGUUUAAGAUGCCUACAUUUGAUGUAACGCUACCCAAGAUGAAGAUGCCUGAAGGAAAAAUUGGUCUUGAGGGACCCUCAGUUGAUAUCUCUCUUCCAAAGGGGAAAGUAGAAGGUGACAUGCAAACUAAAGGUAAAGGAGGACAUUUUCAUAUGCCCUCAGUUGAUGUUUCUCUCCCUAAAAUAAAAUCAAAGCGACGUGACAUCAAUAUUGAGGGACCACAAAUCAAAGGUGGAGAAAUAAAAAUGCCAACUAUUGACAUCUCACCCCCUCAAGGAACAUUAGAAGGCAAAGGAAGAGGAGGCAAAGUCAGCCUACCAUCUGUAGACAUUGUCCUCCCUACUGUAAAAUUCCCAGAGGGAGAUGUGAAUUUUCAAGGGCCGAAAGUUAAAGGUGGGAAGUUUGAAAUGCCAAAAAUCGACCUCUCGCUUCCUCAAGGACAUGCACAGGGAGACAUUGAUAUUGACAUUCACUCUGGGAAAGAUGGGAAUAUUGAGAUACCAUCCUAUAAUAUUGGACUUCCUAAAGGAAAUGUCAAAGCUGACAUAAAUGUUGAAGGUCCUGCAGGGGGGACAGCCAAAUUCAAAAUGCCAAAAUUCGGCAUUUCACUUCCAAAGAUGAACCUGCCAGAGGGUGAUGUCAAACUGGAAGGACCAGAGAUUAAAGGAAAAAUUGAAAUGCCGACUGUUGAUAUUUCACUUCCAAAAGGAAAAAUAGAGGGAGAUGUUGACAUGGAAGGACAUGGGGCUAAAGGAGGAAAGUUUAACAUGCCUUCAAUCGAUAUCACUCUUCCUAAAAUAAAACCUAAGGAAGUCAGUGUCGAUAUUGAAGGGCCUGAUGUUCAAGGAGGAAAGUUCAAUAUGGCAUCACUUGAUGUCUCAGCACCUAAAAUAAAAUCUCCAGAGGUAGAUGUCAGCCUUGAGGGUCCAGAUGUUAAAGGAGGACAUUUCAAAAUGCCAGCUGUUGACAUUUCACUUCCAAAAGCAAAAGGUGAAGCUGGCAUAAAUAUUGAAGGUCCUGAAGGAAAAGGAGGAAACAUCAAAAUACCUGAAUUUGAUCUCUCAUUACCAAUACCAAAAGUACAUUUUCCAGAGGGUGAUGUUAAGUUAAAAGGUCCUGAGAUCAAGGGCAGGAAGAUUGAGAUGCCAGACAUUGAUAUUUCACUCCCCAAAGGAAAAGCAGGAGGAGAAAUUGAAAUUGAAGGACAGGCUGGAAAAGGAGGAAAGUUCCAUAUGCCCUCUGUUGAUAUAUCUCUUCCUAAAAUGAAAGCUAUGGGACCAGAGGUCAACAUAGAAGGUCCUGAACUUAAGGGAGGAAAAAUCAACAUACCAGACCUUUCACUCACCAAAGGAAAGGCUGACGCUGACCUCAGAAUUGAAGGUCCUGAGGUAAAAGGGGGCAAAUUCAAAAUGCCCAAAUUUGACGUUUCACUUCCAAAGAUGAACCUGCCAGAGGGCAAUGUGGAAAUGCCAACGUUUGAUAUUUCACUUCCAAAAGGAAAGGUAAAGGGAGAUGUUGACAUUGAGGGACAUGUGGGUAAAGGAGGCAAGUUUCACAUGCCCUCGGUUGAUAUAUCUCUUCCUAAAAUAAAAGCAAAGGGAGUUGAUGUUGAUAUUGAAGGACCUGAACUUAAAGGUGACAUGUCGUUACCUAAAAUUAAGUCUCCAGAGGUUGACAUCAGCCUCGAGGAUGUUAAAGAAGGGAAGUUUAACUUGCCAACUGUUGAUGUUUCACUCCCCAAAGGAAAAGUUGAAGGCGACCUAAAUAUUGAAGGUCCUGACAUAAAAGGAGGCAAAUUUAAAAUGCCAAAAUUUAAUGUUUCAUUGCCAAAAGUGAAUCUCCCAGAGAGUGAUGUCAAAAUUAAAGGCCCAGAUAUCAAGGGAGGGAAGAUUGAAAUGCCAGACAUUGAUAUUUCACUCCCCAAAGGAAAAGCAGGAGGAGAAAUUGAAAUUGAAGGUCAUGCUGGCAAACGAGGAAAGUUCCAUAUGCCCUCUGUUGAUAUAUCUCUUCCUAAAAUGAAAGCCAAGGGACCAGAAAUAAAUAUUGAUGACCCUGAAGUUAAAGGUGGAAAGCUAAACAUGCCAUCACUUGAUGUUUCUCUGCCCAAAAUAAAAUCCCCCGAUAUAGAUAUCACCCUUGAGGGUCCUGAUGUUAAAGGGGGAAAGUUAAACUUGCCAGCUGUUGACAUUUCACUUCCCAAAGGAAAGGUUGAUGCUGAUCUCAAUGUUGAGGGUCCUGAGGUUAAAGGAGGUAAAUUCAAGAUGCCCAAAUUUGAUGUUUCGCUUCCAAAGAUCAACCUGCCAGAGGGCAAUGUGGAAAUGCCCACAGUUGAUAUUUCACUUCCAAAAGGAAAGGUAAAGGGAGAUGUUAACAUAGAGGGACAUGCUGGUAAAGGAGGCAAGUUUCACAUGCCCUCGGUUGAUAUAUCUCUUCCUAAAAUAAAAGCAAAGGGAGUUGAUGUUGAUAUUGAAGGACCUGAACUUAAAGGUGACAUGUCGUUACCUAAAAUUAAGUCUCCAGAGGUUGACAUCAGCCUCGAGGAUGUUAAAGAAGGAAAGUUUAACUUGCCAACUGUUGACGUUUCACUCCCCAAAGGAAAAGUUGAAGGCGACCUAAAUAUUGAAGGUCCUGACAUAAAAGGAGGCAAAUUUAAAAUGCCAAAAUUUAAUGUGGCAUUGCCAAAAGUGAAUCUCCCAGAGAGUGAUGUCAAAAUUAAAGGCCCAGACAUCAAGGGAGGGAAGAUUGAAAUGCCAGAUAUUGACAUUUCCCUCCCCAAAGGAAAAGCUGGAGGAGAAACAGAAGUACACGCUGGCAAAGGAGGGAAGUUCCAUAUGCCCUCGGUUGAUAUCUCUCUUCCUAAAAUGAAAGCUAAGGGACCAGAGAUAAAUAUUGAUGGUCCUGAAGUUAAAGGUGGAAAGCUAAACAUGCCAUCACUUGAUGUUUCUCUGCCCAAAAUAAAAUCUCCAGAUAUAGAUAUCAGCCUUGAAGGUCCUGAUGUUAAAGGAGGAAAGGUCAACAUCCCAUCUGUUGACAUUUCACUUCCCAAAGGAAAAGUUGAGGGUGACGUAAAUGUUGAAGGCCUUGAAAUGAAAGGCGGGAAAUUCAAACUGCCGAAAUUUGAUGUCACUUUACCAAAAGCGAGUCUCCCAAAGGUUAAUGCCAAUGUGGAAGGACCAGAUAUGAAAGGAAAAAUUGAAAUGCCAACUAUUUCACUUCCAAAAGGAAAGGCAGACAUGGAUUUUGACAUUGGUGUACACAGUGGUAAAGGAAGCAGGUUUCACAUACCCUCACUUGACAUCUCUCUUCCUAAAAUUAAAGCAAAAGGAGUUAAUGUUGAUAUUGAAGGACCUGAAGUUAAAGGUGACAUGUCACUCCCUAAAAUGAAGUCCCCAGAGGUAGAUAUCAACCUCGAGGGUCCUGAUGUUAAAGGAGGAAAGUUUACCUUGCCAACUGUUGACAUUUCAAUACCCAAAGGAAAGGUUGAAGGUGACCUCAGUAUUGAGGGUCCUGAGGUAAAAGGAGGAAAAUUCAAAAUGCCCAAAUUUGACGUUUCACUUCCAAAGGUGACCCUGCCAGAGGGCAACGUGGAAAUGCCAACAGUUGAUAUUUCACUCCCAAAAGGAAAGGCAGACGUGGAUAUUGACAUUGAUGGGCACGGUGCUAAAGGAGGCAAGUUUCAUAUGCCUUCACUUGAUAUCUCACUUCCUAAAAUCAAAGGACCUGAACUUAAAGGUGACAUGUCACUCCCUAAAAUUAAGUCUCCAGAGGUAGCUAUCAACCUCGAGGGUCCUGAUGUUAAAGGAGGAAAGUUUACCUUGCCAACUGUUGACAUUUCAAUACCCAAAGGAAAGGUUGAAGGUGACCUCAGUAUUGAGGGUCCUGAGGUAAAAGGAGGAAAAUUCAAAAUGCCCAAAUUUGACGUUUCACUUCCAAAGGUGACCCUGCCAGAGGGCAACGUGGAAAUGCCAACAGUUGAUAUUUCACUCCCAAAAGGAAAGGCAGACGUGGAUAUUGACAUUGAUGGGCACGGUGCUAAAGGAGGCAAGUUUCAUAUGCCUUCACUUGAUAUCUCACUUCCUAAAAUCAAAGGACCUGAACUUAAAGGUGACAUGUCACUCCCUAAAAUUAAGUCUCCAGAGGCAGAUAUCAGCCUUGAGGGUCCAGAUGUUCAAGGAGGAAAGUUUAACUUGCCAACUGUUGACAUUUCACUACCCAAAGGAAAAGUUGAGUGUGACCUUGAUGUUGAGGGCCCUGAGGUGAAGGGGGGUAAAUUUAAACUGCCAAAAUUUGAUGUGUCUUUACCAAAAGUGAGUCUCCCAGAGGGUGAUGUCAAAGUAAAAGGCCCAGAUUUCAAGGGAGGGAAGAUUGAGAUACCAGACAUUGAUAUUUCACUCCCCAAAGGGAAGACCAAAGGAGAAAUGGAAAUUGAAGGACAUGUUGGAAAAGGAGGCAAGUUUCAUAUGCCCUCGGUUGAUAUCUCUCUUCCUAAAAUUAAAGCAAAGGGACCACAAGUCAACAUAGAGGGUCCUGAACUUAAAGGCAGAAAAAUCAACAUCCCAAGUGUUGAUAUUUCAUUACCUGAAGGAAGGGCUGAAGCUGACCUCAGUAUUGAGGGUCCCGAAGUAAAAGGAGACAAAUUCAAAAUGCCCAAAUUUGACGUUUCACUUCCAAAGAUGAACCUGCCAGAAGGCAAUUUCAAAGUGGAAGGACCAGAAAUGAAGGGAGGAACGAUGCCAGCUGCUGACAUUUCAGUUCCAGUGGGAAAAGUAGAGGGAGAUAUCAAUAUUGAAGGACCGUCUGAAAAGGAAAAGUCUGAAUUUCCAAAAAUUGACCUAUCUGGUAAAAAAGGUGGUGGACUCCACAUGCCAACUCUUGACAUAAAUCUCCCCAAAUUUGAUCUUGACCUCAGCCUCCCCUAUGGUCUGAAAGACAAAAGCCUCAAAGUAGACACCAGUGGUCCUGAUGCAUCAGGACAUUUGGAGAUGUCUGGUCUCAAAGGAGAUAUUAAUCCAGCCAAGUUGAAAAUUAAGGGCGCUGACAUAGGGAGAGGUAGUGCAGAAGGUCCAAGUGCAUCCCUCAAGCUUCCUACUGUAAAACUACCGACAGUUGACAUUUCAGCGCCAAAGGUGGAUCUAGACUUUGGCCUAAACAAACCUAAAGGUGACGAUGUGGAAGUGGAGCUUCUGAAAGCAGAGGGGGGGAGGCCUUCUUCAGGGGGCAGCUUUGAUCUACCUGAUGUCUCCCUCAAAGUCCCCAGUUUCUCUCUUCCCAGGUUUGGUGGAAAGUCCAAGAGCGGUGAUUUUCAGAAAUCAGGGAAAGGCCCCAAAGGAGACAUUUCCCUUAGCCCACCACAAGGAGAGAUUAGGGCACCAUCAGUAGAGUUUGAUGGGGAUGGAAAAGUCAAGGUGAAAAAACCUAAACUCAAAAUGCCCUCAUUUGGUAUAUCCAAAAAGGAUGCAAAUGUAUCUGUGUCUUGCCCUGAUGUGGAUGUUAAAGUGAAAAAGGGGGGCAUUGACAUUUCUAAACCGGAAAUCAAUGUUGAGAGCCCAGGUGAUAAAUCAAAAUACAAAGUGAAAUUCCCCAAGUUUAAAAUAUCAUCAUCUAAAAGUCAACUCCCAGAGGGAGAUGGUAAUGCUAAACUGGAAGCAAAUGUGGAAGGGAAAGGUGGCUUCCAUGCACCUGACGUCACUAUUGAACUGCCAAAGUUCUCCAUGCCAGGAUUUGGCUCUAAAGAAAAAGAUUUAGGUAAGCUAAGUGGUUACCAUGACGCUAAGGCCAAGGUCAAGAUGCCCUCAGUCGAACUGUCACUACCAGCAGCUAAAACACCAGAGACUGAGAUUCUUCUUCCCAAAGCAGAAGUUGAUGUCUCAGAAGCUGAUAUCAGAGGUUAUGAGGGAAACCUCAAAAUUCCCAAAAUGCCAACUAUUGACGUUUCAGUCCCCAAAAUAGAUCUGGAUGUGUCCCUGCCAAAAGUAAAGCAUGAUGCAAAGGUUAAUGGAGAAGGAGGUAAAUUCAAGAUGCCAAACAUCAAAAUGCCUGACAUUGACAUGUCUCUUCCUAAAGGAAAGACUGGUAAGUUAGAGGGAUCAGAUGUUGAAAUUGAGGGAGGAGGAAAGCUGAAGAUGCCACAUGUCAAAAUGCCACAAGUUGACAUUAAGCUGCCAAAAAUGAAGACUGCUGAGGUUGAUACACCAGAUGUGGAAACAAAUGUUAAGGGAGGAGGAACAAAAUUCACAGUGCCACAUCUCAGCAUGCCCUCUGUUGAUAUCUCUCUGCCCAAAGGAAAGAUCGAAGGCCCAGACGUUGAAAUAGAGGGAGGUACCGGAGGAAAGUUCAAAAUGCCUCACAUGAAAAUGCCAAAUGUUGAUAUCUCUCUGCCCAAAGGAAAGAUCGAAGGCCCAGACGUUGAAAUAGAGGGAGGUACCGGAAGAAAGUUCAAAAUGCCUCACAUGAAAAUGCCAGAUGUUGAUAUCUCUCUGCCCAAAGGAAAGAUCGAAGGCCCAGACAUUGAAAUAGAGGGAGGUACCGGAGGAAAGUUCAAAAUGCCUCACGUGAAAAUGCCAAAUGUUGAUAUCUCUCUGCCCAAAGGAAAGAUCGAAGGCCCAGACAUUGAAAUAGAGGGAGGUACCGGAGGAAAGUUCAAAAUGCCUCACAUGAAAAUGCCAGAUGUUGAUAUCUCUCUGCCCAAAGGAAAGAUCGAAGGCCCAGACGUUGAAACAGGCGGAGAUGGCAGAGGGAAAUUCAAAAUGCCUCAUGUGAAAAUGCCCUCAGUUAACAUUUCACUACCAAAAGGAAAGAUUGAAGGCCCAGACAUUGAAAUAGAGGGAGGUACCGGAGGAAAGUUCAAAAUGCCUCACAUGAAAAUGCCAGAUAUUGAUAUCUCUCUGCCCAAAGGAAAGAUCGAAGGCCCAGACGUUGAAAUAGAGGGAGGUACCGGAGGAAAGUUCAAAAUGCCUCACAUGAAAAUGCCAGAUAUUGAUAUCUCUCUGCCCAAAGGAAAGAUCGAAGGCCCAGACGUUGAAAUAGAGGGAGGUACCGGAGGAAAGUUCAAAAUGCCUCACAUGAAAAUGCCAAAUGUUGAUAUCUCUCUGCCCAAAGGAAAGAUUGAAGGCCCAGAAGUUGAAACAGGCGGAGAUGGCAGAGGAAAAUUCAAAAUGCCUCAUGUGAAAAUGCCCUCAGUUAACAUUUCACUACCAAAAGGAAAGAUUGAAGGUCCAGAUGUUGAAAUAGAGGGAGGUACCGGAGGAAAGUUCAAAAUGCCUCACAUGAAAAUGCCAAAUGUUGAUAUCUCUCUGCCCAAAGGAAAGAUCGAAGGCCCAGACAUUGAAAUAGAAGGAGGUACCGGAGGAAAGUUCAAAAUGCCUCACAUGAAAAUGCCAGAUGUUGAUAUCUCUCUGCCCAAAGGAAAGAUCGAAGGCCCAGACAUUGAAAUAGAAGGAGGUACCGGAGGAAAGUUCAAAAUGCCUCACAUGAAAAUGCCAGAUGUUGAUAUCUCUCUGCCAAAAGGAAAGAUCGAAGGCCCAGACAUUGAAAUAGAGGGAGGUACCGGAGGAAAGUUCAAAAUGCCUCACAUGAAAAUGCCAGAUGUUGAUAUCUCUCUGCCCAAAGGAAAGAUUGAAGGCCCAGAAGUUGAAACAGGCGGAGAUGGCAGAGGGAAAUUCAAAAUGCCUCACAUGAAAAUGCCCUCAGUUAACAUUUCACUACCAAAAGGAAAGAUCGAAGGCCCAGACGUUGAAAUAGAGGGAGGUACCGGAGGAAAGUUCAAAAUGCCUCACAUGAAAAUGCCAGAUAUUGAUAUCUCUCUGCCCAAAGGAAAGAUCGAAGGCCCAGACAAUAAAAUAGAAGGAGGUACCAGAGGAAAGUUCAAAAUGCCUCACAUGAAAAUGCCAGAUGUUGAUAUCUCUCUGCCAAAAGGAAAGAUCGAAGGUCCAGAAGUUGAAACAGGCGGAGAUGGCAGAGGGAAAUUCAAAAUGCCUCACAUGAAAAUGCCCUCAGUUAACAUUUCACUACCAAAAGGAAAGAUUGAAGGUCCAGAUGUUGAAAUAGAGGGAGGUACCAGAGGAAAGUUCAAAAUGCCUCACAUGAAAAUGCCAGAUAUUGAUAUCUCUCUGCCCAAAGGAAAGAUUGAAGGCCCAGAUGUUGAAAUAGAAGGAGGUACCGGAGGAAAGUUCAAAAUGCCUCACAUGAAAAUGCCAGAUGUUGAUAUCUCUCUGCCCAAAGGAAAGAUCGAAGGCCCAGACAUUGAAAUAGAGGGAGGUACCGGAGGAAAGUUCAAAAUGCCUCACAUGAAAAUGCCAGAUAUUGAUAUCUCUCUGCCCAAAGGAAAGAUCGAAGGCCCAGACACUAAAAUAGAAGGAGGUACCGGAGGAAAGUUCAAAAUGCCUCACAUGAAAAUGCCAGAUAUUGAUAUCUCUCUGCCCAAAGGAAAGAUUGAAGGCCCAGACGUUGAAAUAGAGGGAGGUACCGGAGGAAAGUUCAAAAUGCCUCACAUGAAAAUGCCAGAUGUUGAUAUCUCUCUGCCCAAAGGAAAGAUCGAAGGCCCAGAAGUUGAAAUAGAGGGAGGUACCGGAGGAAAGUUCAAAAUGCCUCACAUGAAAAUGCCAAAUGUUGAUAUCUCUCUGCCCAAAGGAAAGUUCGAAGGCCCAGACAUUGAAAUAGAGGGAGAUGGAGGAGGGAAAUUCAAAAUGCCUGAUGUGAAAAUGCCCUCACUACCAAAAGGAAAGACUGAAGGUCCAAACGUGGACGUAGAGGGAGAUUCAGGAGGAAAGUUCAAAAUGCCUCCCAUGAAAAUGCCAGAAGUUGACAUCACGCUGCCUAAAGGAAAGAUUGAUGGUCCUGAAGUGGAGCUGAAAGGGGAAGGUGGAAGAUUCAAGAUGCCACAUCUCAACAUGCCCUCUGUUGAUAUUUCACUGCCUAAAGGAAAGAUUGAAGGUCCAGACAUUGAAAUAGAGGGAAGUACUGGAGGAAAGUUCAAAAUGCCUCACAUGAAAAUGCCAGAUGUUGAUAUCUCUCUGCCCAAAGGAAAAUUUUGCAAUAUUGAAGGAGCACAGCUGGAGAUUGAGGGAGGCAAAUCUAAAAUUCCACAUAUGACAAUGCCAUCAGUAGACAUUUCACUGCCAAAAGGAAAGACUGAAGUUGAAAUUAAGGGUGAGGGAGGAAAGUUCAAGAUGCCACAAGUUGACAUAUCUCUUCCUAAAGGAAUACCUUCAAUUGAAGGUCCGGAGGUAGAGGUUAAGGGCGAUGUGGGACAGCAAAACAUGCCAGAUGUUGACAUAUCUAUCCCUAAAGGAAAAGCAAAUAUUGACACACCAGAGGUUAAAGUGGAGGCAGAGGGAGGAACCAUCAAGCUUCCACAUAUAAAGAUGCCAAAAGUUGAUAUUUCACUUCCUAAAGGUAAAAGUAAAGAUACUGAAGCACCUGAUAGAGACCUGGAAGUUACAGCAGGAAAGUUCAAAGGUCCAGAUGUUAAACUUCCAAAGGGGGGUAUAUACUUAUCAACUGCUGAGGCAGGAGGGAAAAUUAAAGUGCCGCAAGUAACAUCACCGAAUCUGGACAUCGAUGUAACAAGUAGUAAACCUAAACAAGACACAGAGGCUCAUGGGAAGGCUGAGUUGCAUGUUGAGGGAGAGCACAAAGGUCUGAAACUCAAGAUGCCAACAAUAAAUAUCCAGGGUCCAAAAGGAGACCUGGAGCUCGAUUUAGGACUUCACAGAGGAGAAGGCAAAAAGGACAGAAAAAAAGUUGAACUACCCGACUUGGAUAUCAACUCAGCAGGAACCAGAAAAGUAAAGGGGCCUAAAGUCAAAGGAACUAAAUUCAAGAUCGGAAUCCCAAAAAAGAAAACUGGCCGAAAUGUGACAGCAGAAGCAAAAACAUGCAAAAACUGUGGCGAAGAGGAGUCAGGUGGUCAAAUGAAACACGAAUGCAAGGUUAAAGACAGAUUUGAGGUUGAAGUUGAAGUUGAAACUCACAACGGACAUAAAGAGGACAAAGAUCGUAUUAACAUCUCAGUGCCAGAGGUUACAUUACCAAGUGUACAAGGCUCAACCAACUUAGGCACAGGGGGAGAAGGUGGCCUCUCGUCAUCAAGAGCAGAAAUCAAAGUCCCCAGGAUUCCAGACAUAGAGUUUGAUAUUGGCACAUCACAGGCUGAAGAUGAUGACAAAACAGAAAAGGGCAAGAAAAUCAAAAUCCCUAAGUUUGGUGUCCCAUUACCCUCCAUCUCCUCUCCCGAGGGAAGAAUGAAUAUGUAUGGUCCAGAAAUUCAGUACGAGGGCCCUAAAAUGCCCAAAGUAAAGAAAGCUGUUUUUGUCUUGGUAAAUCCUCCUCAAACAGAUGAGCCCACUGCAUGCACAGGCCCCCUGCAAGAGGAGACAACAUUUGAGGCUGAAACAAGGAAUGUCAAAGUGAAAAUGCCCAAAAUCAAAAAGAAGUCCAAAGAUAAAUCAGCUGAUGUGAGCACAGAGAGAGAGUGGGAGGGAGAGGAAAACUCGAUGGGUGGGGGGAUUAAAAUGCCUAAAGGGUCAUUUUCUCCUGGCAAAUCAGAGUCGUUUGACGUCACUCUAAAGGGCAAAGGUUCAAGUUCAAGUCUCAACGGUGAACAAGAUGCAAGCCCUCACAAAGGCUCCAAGGACAGUAAAGGGACAUUCAGUGGUAAAAUCAAACUUCCAAAGGUGGAGUUCACCUCUCCAUAUGGCAAGACGGCUGCAGGGGAGGAGGACACGGAAAUGAGUGGGAAACUAGGGAAAGAUUCAUCACGAGUAGAGGUGUGGGAAGACACUAAAGGGCUUAAAGUAAGAUCAGGCAAGAUGACCUUUGCAGGUUUUAGUGAGGAGCUCAUGGAGGAUGUGGUGUCAUCUCAUGCCAGAACAGAUAUGCUGGACAGGGACAGCUCAGCGUCCCCUGCUAGUUUUACCAUGGAGUUCAGCUCAACAAAGGCCCAGGCUUGGAGUGAGGUGGAGAGCAAAAGCAGGGUGUCUGAGGAAAGAGAGUCUUCCCCCUGGUUCAAGGUCCCUAAGUUCAACCUGAAGCCACACUCCACAGGCUUCCUUCAGAUAACCCCAGAGGGCUCUCCUCAGGCCCAGCGGAAGGGGGAGUUGGGAGGUGAGGCUGAUGUCUCCGGGUCUUUCUGCCUUCACACCUCAGGGCUCGACUUCACCACCCAGGAAAUGUCCGAAGAGCACCAGGUCUCCUCCGCCGAGAAGGGAACUGUCACCCUGAUGACCAAGACCACCAGAAUCACUCGGCAAAUGGUUGCCACUGAAACGCGAACAGGUGAAUCUUCGACAACCACCACAACAACUCACCAAAUGUCUAAAUAGUGAGGAUGCUGUAAUGAUAUCUUAAAUGUCUUUAAAUUUUUUUGUUUUUCUUUGGUGAGGUUGCAGUGUUCUUGUAAGCUAAGCCUGCAACUUGUCAAACCUUGACUAAGUCUUUAUUUUAUAUUUUAAUAGGUGAGGUAUGAAUGUGAUGAAAAGCAUCAUCAAUCAGCAUUAUUGUCAUUAUUACAGCAACAGAGUAAUAUAUGCUUCUUUUUUUCAUUUUAAAUGUGAUUAUUUUUUUGUUACUGUCCUCCGAGUGUUGUUAGUUUAGUCUUAAUUAUUUAUCAGAUUUUGUUUGGUUUUAAAGGUUUCUUUCUGAAUGUAAACAUGUCAGAUUGCUAAAUUAUUUAUUGUUGUUUGUGUGUUCAAAAUGGGCUGGAAUGAGUCAUUUACUCAAAUCAACAUCAAGGAUUUAACCAUGAUUCUAUGAUUAGUUCCAAAGUAAUUCAUUUUGAACGACUACAGUACAGGCCAGAGUAAUAUUUAUGUAAAUACAUCUAUAUAAUAGCUUUUUUUGAAGCAGUAUCCCAUUCAAUACGAAAUGUAAUUAUUUUCAUAUUCACCAGAGCCAGGAGUUGAAAUGCUAUUUUUUGACCUGAUAAUCUAUUUUAUUUGUCUUGAAUGAAAAGUGUGAGCAUUUUGAAAUUAUAGGCGUUACUCAUUUUCUGCCAUAGUUUUAUAUUUUAAGCAUUUAACUGGUGCUGUUACCCAGAGAUAGUCACAGUGAGUGAGCAGGACACUCUGGACUCUUUUUCUGCUGUGGGAAUCAAACCUGUGACCUUCUGGUUACAGCUUGCUCUCAAACAUUUAGGCCACCCUGCUGCUAAUGUAUUGUUUUUACUGUACACUGCCAUGAGACACUGCUGUAUAUAUUGUGAUUGAGGAAUUAGCUUAAAGAUACACCCUCCGACUGAUGCAGAUCUUUUGAAACUCAGCUGUUACUGUAAGGCUGCUACAAUGACAGACUGGCUGAAGAGUGGCGAGCCUUGAUCUUGUACAAAAGCAAUCACGUAAAAAGAAAUAUGUCCUCUAAAGACAUAAGAGGGCAGAUCGAGGACAAGGCACCAAGGCGCAUUAUUAUAUGAAUAUUUUUGAACAUAUAACAAAAUAAGUUUGGAUGUUAUAAUGAUUAACAGCAUUUUCAUUAAGUGCCUUUACCCCUUAUUUUUCAAGAGUAUGUCCUCCAUUUAAAGUGUAAAUUGCUUUGAAGUGGAGCCUCAUGCUGUCUUUUAGAUAUCUAUUUUAUUGUCACCACAUUGAGAAAUGUAAGUUUCAUUCUCAAAUGCAGAAAAAAUCAACUACUGUAAUGUUUCUGGCAUUAAAAACUUACUUUUGAAAACUACCAAUUUGAUAAGCUACUCCGCCAUUUACGUACAAGAUCACAGUUUUACAGGAUACAACGAUCAGAAUGUUUCAAAAUAAUGAACUGAAUGGAUGUAAAGAAUUUAAGAAUGAAUACUUUUUCAUUUACUUUUAUUUUACUUGUUUGGUAGAAAAAAUGCAUGAGGAAAUCCUGACAAAUCCACUCCCACAUUACAUUAACAACUUUUGACACCAUGCCUGUUCUACAGGUGAGAAAUAGGUGUUUAAAAAGCUGGAACGAGAGUAGUGACAUGUCAAGGUAACACGCACUGAGUAGUAGUGUAUAGAGAUUUUUACCUUUCUGGUUUAAUCAAGUCCUUCAUUAAGAUAAUAAGGGUUUAAGUGACAAGUGUUUUUUGUCAAAGCUGCAUUGAAGAGGAUGCUGGUUAAACUGCAAUAAAGUAAUAUUCACACAAAAAGAA